AUGAUUGUGAGAAUCCAGGCCAGCACUAUCUCGGCAGCACUGACCAUCUGCCUCUUCAAAUACCGGCUUUUCACAAUGCAUGACAGCGACAUGGUUUGGUAUUUUGCUUUCGGCUCCAACAUGGCCAGCACAACGCUGAAGCGAAGACAGCUAAGCCCAAGAGACUCUCGGCCUGUCUUUGUGCCCUCCCAUGUACUUUGCUUCGACGUGUUCGGUGUCCCGUACAUGGAACCCGCCAUGGCUGGCAUUCGAGAGAGGACUCCGGCCGACGAUGCAGAAGCGACGCCGUCGGUACACGGAAUGGCUUACUUACUUUCACGGGAAGAGUAUCAUCGGCUGAUAGUCUCCGAAGGGGCGGGCGUCGCCUAUGUCGAAAUGGAGCUGAAAGCUCGGACCUGUUCAACUGCGUUUACGGCGCGGGCGGCGACUUGUGAGGAGAUUCCGGUACGGACCUUGAUGGCGAGAUUUCCAUUCCGGCCCGAAGCCCUUCCGAGCCUUCGGUACAUGGGGUUAUUGAUUCAGGGGGCUCAAGAAUCCGGCCUGCCAUCCUCGUACCAAAACUAUCUACGUGGUUUACCAGCGUAUCACAAAAGUCUUUCCAAGUACGAAGAGUUCGGCGCCUCGCUCUUGAUCGGUUUUUGGAUGCCUAUACUCAAUGGCAUGAUGAAGAGGGUGAAGCAGAGACCUGAUUCACAUGGCAACGCAAAGCCCUGGGUUGGAGAAUUGCCGUAUCUGGGGUCGGAAUGUCCAAAAACUAACCAUGCACUCGGCAAGCUUGAGUGUCUGAUGAAGACUUUACAGCAGAUUGACACUAUUCACUUACUCGUUGAGACCUUUUCUGAGUAUUUCGGAGCAGUAAACUCGUCAAAGGACAUCGAAACAAUUUUCAGAUCAGGAAGGAUUGCUAGUUUGAUCGGUGUUGAAGGCCUACAUCAGAUUGCUGACAGUUCCUCUGUUGUGAGACUGUUUCACAAACUGGGUGUCAGAUACAUCACUCUCUGCCACGAUGAUGAUAAUCUAUAUGCUGAUUCCUCGAACGGAAAGAAUAAAAAUGGGGGUUUAUCUAGCUACGGCCUGGAUAUGAUACGUGAGAUGAACCGUAUCGGCAUGAUAGUCGACUUAUCGCACACAACUGCAGACACUCAGAAACAAGUCUUGGGUGUCUCUCAAGCCCCAGUCAUUUUCUCUCAUUCCUCUUGGAUAGGCUUUGAGCAUGUUGGCAUUGGCUCCGAUUUUGAUGGUAUGCUACAAGGUCCAAAAGAUCUGGAUGAUGUGUCCAGAUACCCGCAACUUGUUGGGAAGCUUCUAGACCGUGAGCUCUCAGAGGAUAUCAUUACACAAGUACUUGGCGGUAACAUAAUCAGGGUUCUGGGUGAGGUGGAAGCUGUGUCAAGGGAACUAAAAGGUCAGGUGCCUGUGUUAUCUGAUGAGAUAGAGGAAGUAUGGACGUCAGAGCAAAAGGAUAUACUGACUAGAAUGGGAACAUCAAGGAGUUCUGAGGGUAUUAGCAACUAG